UGUCCCACGCUCUCCUAGUGCUCGGUGGUUUAAAGAUGGCGGCGGCGGCAGCGUUGAGGGCGCGGAGCCGCGGAAUGGGGAGGGAAAAGGAGAAUCUGUGAGGCGUCGAGAGGCAGCGCGGCGGCUGCUGUGAGGAGUCGGGUGGGGAGACGCCGGUGGCCGGACCGCUCAGGGCCGGGGCCUCGACUGGGAAGGAGAGGCCGGAGCAAGCGCCUGGAGCCCGAGGCCGGAGCCGAGGAGGAAUGUGACCACGGGUCGGCGGGGGCGCGGGAGUACGCAAGUGCAGGGAUGGGGCAGCAGGUGGGCCGCGUCGGGGAGGCUCCGGGGCUUCAGCAGUCGCAACCCCGCGGGAUCCGGGGCAGAGCGGCCAGGCCCUCCAGCCGCAGGCGGGACCUGGCGGGGCGCACCGCAGAGGCCGGCUUCAAUAUCUUCACCCAGCACGAUCACUUUGCCAGCUGUGUGGAGGAUGGAUUUGAGGGAGACAAGACUGGAGGCAGUAGUCCAGAAGCCUUGCACCGCCCCUAUGGUUGUGAUGUUGAACCCCAGGCCCUGAAUGAAGCCAUCAGGUGGAGCUCCAAGGAGAACUUGCUUGGAGCCACUGAGAGUGACCCUAAUCUCUUUGUUGCACUUUAUGAUUUCGUAGCAAGUGGUGAUAACACACUGAGUAUCACUAAAGGUGAAAAGCUACGAGUCCUUGGUUACAACCAGAAUGGUGAGUGGAGUGAAGUUCGCUCUAAGAAUGGCCAAGGCUGGGUGCCAAGCAACUACAUCACCCCAGUGAACAGCCUGGAGAAACACUCCUGGUACCAUGGACCUGUGUCUCGCAGUGCAGCAGAGUAUCUACUCAGCAGUCUAAUCAAUGGCAGCUUCCUGGUGCGAGAAAGUGAGAGCAGCCCUGGGCAGCUGUCAAUCUCGCUCAGGUAUGAGGGGCGUGUGUAUCACUACAGGAUCAAUACCACCACAGAUGGCAAGGUUUAUGUAACUGCUGAGAGCCGCUUUAGCACCUUGGCCGAGCUUGUUCACCAUCACUCCACAGUGGCUGAUGGACUGGUAACAACACUACACUACCCAGCACCCAAGUGUAAUAAGCCUACAGUCUACGGUGUGUCCCCUAUCCAUGACAAAUGGGAAAUGGAACGAACAGAUAUUACCAUGAAGCACAAACUUGGGGGUGGUCAGUAUGGAGAGGUUUACGUUGGCGUCUGGAAGAAAUACAGCCUUACGGUUGCUGUGAAAACAUUGAAGGAAGAUACUAUGGAGGUGGAGGAAUUCCUAAAAGAAGCUGCAGUGAUGAAGGAAAUCAAGCAUCCUAAUCUGGUACAACUACUAGGUGUAUGUACUUUGGAGCCACCAUUUUACAUUGUGACUGAAUACAUGCCUUAUGGGAACUUGCUUGAUUAUCUCCGAGAAUGCAACCGAGAAGAGGUGACUGCAGUUGUACUGCUUUACAUGGCCACUCAGAUCUCUUCUGCAAUGGAGUAUUUAGAGAAGAAGAAUUUCAUCCAUAGAGAUCUUGCAGCUCGUAACUGCCUGGUGGGAGAAAACCAUGUGGUAAAAGUGGCUGACUUUGGCUUGAGUAGAUUGAUGACUGGAGACACCUAUACUGCUCAUGCUGGAGCCAAAUUUCCUAUUAAAUGGACAGCACCAGAGAGUCUUGCCUACAAUACCUUCUCAAUUAAAUCUGACGUCUGGGCUUUUGGGGUGCUCUUGUGGGAAAUUGCUACAUAUGGAAUGUCACCAUAUCCAGGUAUUGACCUGUCUCAGGUCUAUGAUCUGCUGGAAAAAGGAUAUCGAAUGGAACAGCCUGAAGGAUGUCCCCCUAAGGUGUAUGAACUUAUGAGAGCAUGCUGGAAGUGGAGCCCUGCCGACAGGCCCUCUUUUGCUGAAACACAUCAAGCUUUUGAAACCAUGUUCCAUGACUCCAGCAUUUCUGAAGAGGUAGCCGAGGAGCUUGGGAGAGCUGCCUCCUCCUCAUCUGUUGUUCCAUAUCUGCCCCGAUUACCUAUACUUCCUUCUAAGACCCGGACGCUGAAGAAACAGGGGGAGAACAAGGAGAAUAUUGAAGGGCCACAAGAUGCCACAGAAAAUUCUGCUUCCAGUUCAGCACCAGGCUUCAUUAGAAGUGCACAGGCCCCCAGUGGGUCCCCAGCACUGCCUCGAAAGCAAAGAGACAAGUCCCCCAGCAGCCUCUUGGAAGAUGCCAAAGAGACAUGCUUCACCAGAGAUAGGAAGGGAGGCUUCUUCAGUUCCUUCAUGAAAAAGAGAAAUGCUCCCACACCCCCCAAACGCAGCAGCUCCUUCCGAGAAAUGGAGAAUCAGCCCCACAAGAAAUAUGAACUCACGGGUAACUUCUCAUCUGUUGCUUCUCUACAGCAUGCUGAUGGGUUCUCGUUUACUGCUGCCCAGCAAGAGGCGAAUCUGGUGCCACCCAAGUGCUAUGGGGGUAGCUUUGCACAGAGGAACCUCUGUAAUGACGACAGUGGCGGGGGUGGGGGCAGUGGCGCUGCUGGGGGUGGGUGGUCUGGCAUCACAGGCUUCUUCACACCACGCUUAAUCAAAAAGACACUGGGCUUACGAGCAGGUAAACCCACAGCCAGUGAUGACACUUCCAAGCCUUUUCCAAGGUCAAACUCUACAUCUUCCAUGUCCUCAGGGCUUCCAGAGCAGGAUAGGAUGGCAAUGACCCUUCCCAGGAACUGCCAGAGGUCCAAACUCCAGCUGGAAAGGACAGUGUCCACCUCUUCUCAGCCAGAAGAGAAUGUGGAUAGGGCCAGUGACAUGCUUCCCAAAAAAUCAGAGGAAGGUGCCGCUCCGACCAGGGAGAGACCAAAAGCCAAACUUUUGCCCAGAGGAGCCACCGCUCUUCCUCUCAGAACCCCCUCUGGGGAUCCAGCCAUUACAGAGAAGGACUCUCCAGGGCUGGGGGUGGCUGGAGUGGCAGCUGCCCCCAAGAGCAGAGAGAGGAAUGGUGGGGCACGACUUGGCAUGGCUGGAGUCCCAGAGGAUGGCGAGCAGACAGGCUGGGCUGCCCCGGCCAAGGCUGGGGCGGUCCUCCCGACCACUCACAACCACAAAGUGCCAGUCCUUAUCUCACCCACUCUGAAGCACACUCCAGCUGACGUGCAGCUCAUCGGCACAGACUCUCAGGGGAAUAAGUUCAAGCUCUUGUCUGAGCAUCAGGUCACUUCCUCUGGAGACAAGGACCGACCCCGCCGGGUAAAACCAAAGUGUGCCCCACCCCCGCCACCAGGGGUGAGACUACUGCAGCAUCCGGCCGUGUGCUCAGACUCCACGGAAGAGCCCACGUCAGAAACACAGGAGGGAGGGAAGAAGGCGGCUCCAGGGGCAGUGCCCAUCAGUGGGAAAGCUGGGAGGCCUGUAAUGCCUCCACCUCAAGUGCCUCUGCCCACAUCUUCCAUCUCACCAGCGAAAAUGGCCAAUGGCACAGCAGGUACUAAAGUGGCUCUGAGAAAAACCAGACAGGUGGCUGAGAAAAUCUCAGCUGACAAAAUCAGUAAGGAGGCCCUGCUGGAAUGUGCUGACCUACUGUCCAGUGCAAUCACAGAACCUGUGCCCAACAGCCAGCUGGUGGACACUGGACACCAGCUGCUCGACUACUGCUCAGGCUAUGUGGACUGCAUCCCCCAAACUCGCAACAAAUUUGCCUUCCGCGAGGCUGUGAGCAAACUGGAACUCAGCCUGCAGGAGCUGCAGGUGUCUUCUGCAGCUGCUGGUGUGCCCGGGGCAAACCCUGUCCUUAACAACUUACUGUCAUGUGUACAGGAAAUCAGUGAUGUGGUGCAGAGGUAG